AUGCAAAAUCGCAAGAGGUUCAAAGAUCUCCUGUCGGAUUUAUUCAGCAAAAUGGAUGCCACCGGCACAGGGAAGAUCACUAUCUCUGAGUUUGAGAAGCUGUUCGAAGAUGAGGACAUGCGGGCUUUUUUUGAGACUAUUGAGAUUAAUGCUGUCGAUGCUUGGACCCUAUUU